CAUAACCUUUUCCGGUGAGGCGUCCAUCCAUCCAAGGACUGUGAGAAAAUUAGUGUAAACGGAGUAAAGCACGUCGACAAACUCCUCGAAGCGACUCAGCAGGUCAUCAUGGCGUCCAGCAGUACGAGCAGUGAAGAAGAGAGGAGCUUGCGGGAGUGUGAGCGCUACGUGCAGAAGCACAACAUCCAGCAGCUCCUGAAGGACUGCAUUGUGCAGCUGUGCACCGCCAGGCCUGAAAGACCCAUGGCUUACCUCAGAGACUACUUCGAGAAGCUUGAGUUGGAGGAAGCUAAACAGAUAGUGAGCCAGCAGAAGUCCAGCUCUCGCUCAGAUUCUCGUGAAGAUGAGGUCUCUCCUCCUAUGAACCCUGUGGUUAAAGGCCGACGGCGCCGCGGUGCCAUCAGCGCAGAGGUCUACACUGAGGAGGACGCCACUUCUUAUGUUAGAAAGGUUAUUCCUAAAGACUAUAAAACUAUGGCUGCCCUUGCUAAAGCAAUUGAAAAGAAUGUUCUUUUUGCUCAUCUUGACGACAAUGAAAGAAGUGACAUAUUUGACGCCAUGUUCUCAGUCACCUACAUUGCAGGGGAGACUGUCAUUCAACAAGGGGAUGAAGGAGAUAAUUUUUACGUUAUUGAUCAAGGUGAAAUGGAUGUGUAUGUGAACAAUGAGUGGGUGACCAGUAUUGGAGAAGGAGGCAGUUUUGGUGAACUGGCUUUAAUCUACGGCACUCCCAGAGCAGCCACUGUCAGAGCAAAGACCAAUGUCAAACUGUGGGGGAUUGACAGAGACAGCUACAGGAGAAUACUCAUGGGAAGUACUUUGAGAAAGAGAAAAAUGUAUGAGGAAUUCCUUAGCAAGGUGUCCAUUUUGGAGUCUCUAGAUAAAUGGGAACGAUUGACAGUCGCUGAUGCACUUGAGACAGUCCAGUUUGAAGACGGCCAGAAGAUUGUGGUGCAGGGUCAACCAGGAGACGAGUUCUUCAUAAUUCUUGAGGGCUCUGCUGCAGUCUUGCAACGGCGGUCGGAGAAUGAAGAAUUUGUGGAGGUUGGAAGACUCGCACCAUCUGACUACUUCGGAGAGAUCGCUCUGCUCAUGAACCGUCCUCGUGCUGCCACCGUGGUUGCUCGCGGCCCGCUGAAGUGUGUAAAACUCGACCGUCCCCGGUUCGAGCGCGUGCUCGGCCCCUGCUCAGAUAUCCUGAAGAGAAACAUACAGCAGUACAACAGCUUCGUGUCUCUGUCGGUCUGAGGCGCGCCAGGCUCUUUCCUCCUCUAUUGCAGGGUCCACCAAUGCAAAUCCGCUUUAUUUUCGUACUUUUCUUUAUGCAUUUUUUCCAACACCCAGGUGCCCAUUUACUUCAGUGUUCUCUCUCUGUCUGUUUUUAGAUUCGUGCUGUACCCUGUCGCGUUCGUAUCCAUCAUAGACUCACCAUAAGGCCGAUUGUUAGUUUUGCCUGAGAAACGAGCCAAUCAUUGUGCCACAGAUGCCUGUCACGUGAACAAGGUCUAUCGGGAUGUUUGUUUUUUGUUCCUCUUGCCUCCAGAUUGUUUCACGUUUUUGCAUAACAGUGUUGGAAGGAAAAUAGUGGCAGGAUGCAGUGUGUCUACUCAGUAUAUGAUGAUGUUAAUUGAAUCAUCGCGUUUCACAUUCAGUUUUCCCUCAUUUAUUUCCAGCGUUUAAUAUAGGGAAGCCAAAGGCAGAAAUCCAUGUGUGUUAUAUUGUUUUUUGGGGGGUACUGAAGUUAAAACAUCACCGUGUUUAUCAUGGUGAUCAGCUUUGCUCUUUUAUUGUUAUAGCCGCACAUAUAUAGUGUAUGUAAAUUAUUAUAUAUUAGAAGUAAAUGACCAUAACCAUAUUUUUUUGCACAGUUUAUAGUUCAUAUAUAUAUAUAUAUAUAUGAAAACACUUUAUAUGCGCCUGCUUUUUUUCGUUGUGGCAUUCGAUCCCAUUGCAUUGGAUGUUUUGUUCUGCUUUCAUUCAUGCUACACACAGGCUUGCAAUGGACGCUUAUGUUGAGCAGACCAAGAUGACUCCAAUCUGCUUUCCCGUUUUCUUCUCUUAAAAACUGCUUAUAUUUGUUGGUUUCCCCCAUAAUGUUUUUAUGGUGGGGAUAUAUAUUUGUUUAAUUGUUCAGAAAUGUAAUGGUUAAUGAAAUCUGAAUCUUUGUUAAGAGAGAAUUUGACAGGAAGUGAGUGUUUGGUGACCUCCUUGGCCAACUGAGAUCCAUUAGGUUUUAUUUUUUUCAAUGUGAGUUUGUGUGAACUGCUCUGAAAUCCCAAAUGUCUGUUGUUGUUUUUUUCCCCCGUUGGUUUCUUCUUUCUUUGGUGUUUUACAUUUUUAAAUCAGAAUAAUGUUGGCAGGACUAUGAAGAAUAGAUUUCAUAUGAUCAGUGUCCUGUUUAGAUGGAGAUUUAGAUUUUUCAGCUUCUAGUUUAAUGAAAGUCUUAAAACAGGGACAGUAUUUACCGUUUAUGGUGUCUGUAUGCCAUUAGGGAAGGGAUCCAUCAAAUGUUUGGGAUUAAAUUCACGAUCCACUAUCGCCACCACUUUAAUCCUUGAUCAGAAUAUAGUUCUUAGGGUUCUCUGAGUUUUACCGGGUGGUUCAAUAGUGUUAACAGUUGCUGAAGGUAGAUUUUAAACGUUGUCACACAAAGAUACUCUUGUAUUAUUUGAAUAUAAUUGAUGUGAAUUUUAAUUUUGUGUAUUUGUUUCCUGCACAUCUUGUGUUCUGUAAUUAUGCAGAUUUCCGGUUCCUUUAUACCACACAGACUCAUGAUAUUGGAAGCAAGUUUAGGUUUUGAAAAGUGCCUGAUUUCUUUACUCUCAUACUGCAUCUUGUAGUAAUUUUCCCUCUGAUAUAUUCAUACAUCAUACUUGUGUCCUGUAUUAUUUAUAAACUAUAAUAUUUUAUUUCAUUGAUAUAUCCAGAUCUCCUUCGCAGUGUAUUUUAUUCAGACUUAAAGCUCCAGUAAAUAAAAAGUUUGCACAGAACUGUCUCACAAUUGCUGUUAAUUAAAGAAAGUUGCACGUGAACUGAACUUUAUUUAGUGUAUUUUUAUUUGUCUCCUCUUCAUGAGACAGUUGUUUUUUUAAUUUUCUGACACUUGUUUUUAGGGACUGUCGAUGCAGCCGUGUAUGAAAAUGUUUCUGACAUUCACAAAAUUCUGCCCCAGACUGGAUUGGAAUUUAAAAUCAGUCAAAUAAUGGUGCUGUAGCUUUCACAACAGAUUUUGCACCCUUAAUUUUAUGGGAUGUGACUUUUCAAAUAGCCUUUUGAUUAACCGUUCUACUGUCUUUUCGAUGAGUGGAUUAUGCCUUAUAAUGGGGUUGAAUUAAACAUGUUCAAAUUGAUAUUACUACAGCAUGAGUCCUUAGUGAUGAACUGUGAACCCCUUUGAUAGGCUAAAUACUCUACAUGUUAUCGCUCAUUUAUGUUUAACUUCGUUUGGCAGUGCGGAAUUGAUAAAGGAAGCAUAAAUAUUGUGCUGGUUUCUUUAAAAUGCAUCAAUAAAAAUCCCUUCAUGAAUAUGAUUUAGUUCCACCACAUUUUCCGCUUGCUACACCCUGUUUCUUGAAGAACAUUCAGCGGUACACUGGAAAUGUGUUUGUAUUAGCAACCUUUGUUUUAAAUUGUUUUCAGUAGCUUGCGUUUCUUGCCCUGGUUGUGACUGCCGGUGGUGUUUUCUUCUGGAGCUUUCAGUAAAUCUGUGUUCUAGUAUGUACAGAGGAUUGAUAUAUAUUUGCUUAUAAGCUUUGUCGUCAGGGCUUAGAGACUCCUGUUCACCCAUUCUUCAGUACAUUAAACCCUCAAUACAGAGUUGUAAAAUGUCAGAGGACCAUUUUCUAUUAUUCUUUUUCUAUAACUGUAUCCGGUUUGAUUUCAUUGGAUGUGCUCAACUUGUAAACCUUUUGGUAUAGAUUGUCCCAAUGGCAGGUCAAGCAAUAAAAUGAUUAAUUCUUCAA